AUGUGUGAAGGACCUCCAGGUGUUUCUUGGCAAGAUUACCUGUUUGCCAAAUUUAUUCCUUGGGCAGCUUCCAUUGCCUAUGAUUUGAAUCAGUUUCCUUCAUCUUGCUAUGUGAUGCAUCACCCUAGAUUGUCAUUGAUUCUGGCAAUAGGUGCAUCUCUUCAUGGAAAUGGGGUCAUUGUUUCUCAUACGUUUCCAAAUGGUUCUCAGAAUCUUGUACUGUUUGUUUCUGAAUCCCUAGUUCAGGCUCAAGAAAUGAAGUCACAAUUCAAUAAGGAAGCACGGGAUAUAAUUUUUGGACUGCGCAAACUCUUCAUUUUUCUAGGGAUUCAUGAUGGUGUUGGUGUAGUGUUGGGCCGGCCACAGCGUGCCGAACUUCACGUGUGCAGCAUGUUAUGUGCAGUGUCGCAAAAAUGGAUUCAUGCGAAGUGUUUCGCGGGAACGGAAGAAUGGGACGCGAAAUGUGACUGUGGCAUGGAAUACUGCGACCUACUAACGGUAGCUUUGUCAAGAUACGAUAACUGCAUAGAAGAAAGUGUUACUGCAUCGCUUCAGCAAGACCUUGUGCUUGCAAAUCGUUACGUAAAUAAGUCAGAGGAGCUGAUAAAGCAACAGAAAGAUGACGAUUUAACAAACGAGUGUAAUGAAAACACACUGGCAACUUUCGUUUGA